AUGGACGGCAGCGAAGCGGGCGGCGGUGGCGGGGGGCUCCUGCAGCAGAUCCUCAGCCUUCGCCUCGUGCCCCGCGUGGGCAAUGGCACCACCACCUAUUCCAGCCCGCUCUCCACUUUCCCAGAGAUGUGGUACGGCGUCUUCCUGUGGGCAGUCGUCUCCUCCCUUGCCUUCCACGUCCCGGCCGCGCUGCUUGCGCUCUUCACGCUCCGGCACCACAAGUACGGCCGGUUCAUGUCCGUGAGCGUGCUGCUGAUGGGCAUCGUGGGACCCAUCACGGCCGGCACCCUCACAAGUGCUGCCAUUGCUGGAGUUUACAGAGCUGCAGGGAAAAAAAUGAUUCCCUUUGAGGCGCUCAUUUUUGGCGUGGGCCAGACCUUCUGUGUGGUGGUGGUUUCCUUCCUGCGCAUCCUGGCCACUCUGUAGCUCCUCUGGAGAGCACAAACCAGAGGGGGAGCACAGGACCUGCUGCCUCAGAACAAAGCACAGGGAGCACAGCUCCAGCCUUGUGUUUCUUCUGCUGAUUUAAGGAAUUGGGACGGCUCGCUCUUGCCUCCAGCCUGGCUUGAAAUUUUUAAAUUGUGAAUUUUGUUACUUUUUGGUAACAUUAAGUGCCAAGUGAAGCUUUAUUUCUCUGGAGGGUAGGAAGAUGGCUCCCAGAGGAGGAGACCCAGGUACCUGUCACCAGUGAUGGACUGUAGUAACAGGACAUGACUAAAAUGGGGCACCAGCUGUGCUGGGGCAGGAACAGGACCAGAGUGACAUUGUGUCCUCAGAGCUCACUCACCACUUUGUUGCUUGGUUUUCAGUGAACCUGAAGCUCUUUUAGUGCCAGUUUUUAAAUUAAAAAAGUGUUUUCUUUCUGGCCCAAACUUCUUAAUACCAGGUGAUAGCCAUAGUGGAUUUGGGAGCAGCAAAAGGAAAAGUCAUUUUAGAUGGAUGAGAGUGCAGAUUUGUGUCUGGGAGCUCUGGCUGUGAAUGCUGCACCGGGGAAAUGACUGGUAUAAAAGAGAUUUUGUGAAUUUUAUUACAGCAAAGCUCUUCUGGCCCUGUGAAUGUUUUGCCCAGAGGCAAAGCAGAGUGGAAUGGGCACUCCAGAAAUCCCAGGUGUGCACAGCUCUCCUCAGGCUUUGAAGGAGACUUGUGUUUUCAAAGGCCCCUGUUCUCCUUUGACUUGCUGGGGCUGUUCAUGUUGGUGUGCUGGAGCUGGGUCCCUGCUCUGGUCUGGAAGUGGCACUUUUAUCCAGCUUGGAUAAAAUCCCUGCUGCUGCUGGGAGCUGCCUGGCCAGGCUGGGCUGUGACUGGGUGUCCCCAGUGCAGGGACUGUGCCACAGUGUGCCAGGGCUGGGAGAGCUGCAGGG